UUAGUCGACAUUUGAUCAAUUUUUUCUAUAGGUUUUCCAAUUGCAAUGUUCAAAUGAUGAUGGAAAAAAUAUCCAUUUUUGUUAUUUUAUCAUUAUUGAUUUUAUUAUUUAUUCAUUCGAUCAAUUCCAAUCAUAUUGGAACUUGUCUUCGAACGAAAAAUCAUCUCCGAAUUCCAGAAUUCAACGUAUCGUUGUAUGAAGAAUGUUCACCAUGGUCGGAAAAUUCCUGUUGUGAUCAACAGACAUCGAUUCGCGCUCAUCACAUGCUGAAUCAGUUUAAUUUUAAUCUUACUCAUUGUGGAUUGGAUUCCAUAUCGGUUGGUUGUCAUCGAUAUUUUAUCAAAAAUCUUUGUUAUUAUAAUUGUGAUCCGUAUAUUGAACCAUGGAUUGUAAAAAGUGAUUCUAAAUUUGGUCUUGAAGAUUAUGGACAAGAACGAAUCGUACAGGUACCAUUAUGCGAAAGUGAUUGCAUUGAAUGGUGGAAUCAAUGUUCCGGUUCGUCAUUUACAUGUGUCCGAAAUUGGCGUAAACAUUUUGAUUGGAAAAAGUUGGAAUCCAAUUCAAUAAUUACAAAUCAUUGUCCACAUGGUGCACAAUGUUUACCAUUCAAUUUGGUCUAUAAAGAUGCAUAUGAUUUUUGUCAAACUGUCUGGGAUAAUCGUUGGAAAGUUGUUCAAGAUACAGAAGAAUGUAUAACAUUUGAAUUUGAUGGUGGUAAUCAAUCAAAUCCAAAUCGUUUGGUUGCGGAAUACUAUCUGAAUGAAAAUUUGAAAUCAUUGUUUCACAUUGAUCUAAUACCAUUAUUUAUGGAAUUUUGCAUUUUUAUCAUAUUUGCCUAUUUUAUUGCCACAUUUAUCGUGAAAAUUUGUAAACGUCGUUGAAACAAAAAUUAUUUAAAAACAAAUUAAAUGCAAUAAAACAUGUGUG